AUGAAAACACCAAAUUUCAAUACAGUAUCAACUCAAAUAUGUGCUGCAUCACAGCAAAUAACAGUAAGUUCUAAUAAACAUAAAAGAGAUGUCUUAUCACAAGAAGUGCCAAAUACAAAUCCUAUUAUGGCCAAUUCUACAUAUCAACAGUAUUGUGCAGAAAUUCAAUUACAAUUAUGGCAAUCCUGUUUAGAUAUUGCUUUACAACCGCAUAUAUGGCCAGAACAAGUCUAUGCCAUAGCCAAGACCAAUAAUUUUAACAUAGGUCGAGAAUAUGUUAUGAACUCUAUACAUAAUAUUAAACAACAAUUGAUUCAAUGUCAAUUAGAAUUGUCAAAACAAUCUAAAUUAUGUCCGAUUACAAUGUUACCACUUGAUCAAAUUGAUCAUUCACUUGAAAAAAUGGUUGGUUAUGAACGAAAAUAUUUAUCAAUAAGAAAUCAUCACCAAUUACUUCAAUUCAAAGAAAAAAUUUAUGAAAAACAAUUAGGUCCAUCCUGUAUACGUUUCACUCAGAGUGCUAUUCGACCUCGAAAACAACAAGAAAUUGAAAUUAAAAAUGAACAUACAGAUAUUUCGACGAAACGUUAUUUUACUCCAGUAUCAUAUAAAGAUCAAAUUCAAGCGUUACAACAAAUACAAACUGUAACAUUAAUUCGACAAAAAAUCAAAAAACAUAAUCUUAUUAUUCGUCUAACUGAUAAAGGCAACAAUUUUUACAUUGGUUCAACGGUAGAAUUUCAACAAGAAGCACAAAAAUUUUUCUCUGAUACAAGUGCAUUCAAGGAAUUAUCAUCGAAUCCAUUCAAUGAAAUAUUAGAUAAAGUUGUUCAAUUACUUAAUGAACUUGCCUCAAAGAAACUUAUUUCCAAUGGCAAUUUAAAAAAUGAUUCCUGA